AUGGCCAGCAACGCUCCUGCUACUGCCACUUCAGAGCUCCGCGAAUUAUUUCCGGCACACGCGGACACCUGGCGGGAGCUUGGAGAUGCGCUGAUAAGGAAGAACAACCUUCGCACGUUCUGGGAAGACAUACCCAAUUACCAAAGGAUCGUCUUCCGCCAGCCCGCAUCGACCCCCGACCUGAACGACCUCCGCCGCCGGAUCGGCGACAUUCUCAGCCCUAUCGCCAGCAUCCACGACAAGUCCUUCGAGCCAUUGCGAAUUACCCUGAAACUUGAAGCAUUGGUUCCGGUCUUGGACGAGCUGAAAUCCUCCGGUCGGUGCGAUUUCCCUACCAGCACGACCUGGAUCGCCCUGCUCAGCGCCGCGCGCCUCAUUUUCACGGAGCGGGGCUUCGGCAUCGAAAAGCCCACGGACGUUCCAGGCCGGAUCGAGGCGUUGGGAAGCUUUUGUGUGAAGCUGACGGAGUUUCAGAGGGAGGUCGAGGACUGCCAGCGUGCUGGUGGCCUCCCCAGCUACCACACAGAUCUCUUCUACCUCGUGAAGGCGGUAAAGGGCUUGGCGGAUGAUGAACUCCUCGUCUACCUCCUCGAGUGUGAUGGGCAGCGGCGAUCUGGUCUCAUCCGCGACUUGGACGAGUACCUCACCCUUCCCGCCGUCCCAGAGCUCGGCAAGAUCCAGUGGGCUGGUACCGUCCGUGUGUGCUGGUACGUGAUCUUCGUGUCCGAGGAUGGCAAGGGAGACAGCCGUGGGAUCUUCCCUUACCUUCCACAGGAGCUUGACCGUAACGACUGCAUCUUCCGUUACCUUCCAUCGAAUCUUGACGGAGGCAUCCCAGUAGACUUCAAUUCGGGACGUCAGGAAGACAACCGCAUCGGCUACCUAAAGACGCAAUUGUUCGUGGUGAGGUACUGGCUUCGCAAGAUCGUGAAGGCCAUGGAGAUUACGAUCGGCGAGAAGCACAAAUACUCGACAGUGGAGGAUGGAAUUAACAAGGUCCUCUUCAAGUACCGAUUUGCGAAGGGUUUGUUCUGCUGCGCGGAGUUGAUGCGGUACUACGAGGAUAUGGUCAGACAGUAUCGCGGCUAUUGUCAGUACUAUCCCCCGACUCUGUCCUCACUGCUAACAAGAUGUAGAUGAUGCGCGCAAAUGGUAUGGUCUCUUCACGAGCAAGGUCAUCCCAAUCGUCGAGAAUGAGGAGGCCUUCCUCCAAGAUGGUCCAAUGGAGAUGAAGGCUUGGUGCGAUGAGGUUUGGCAAGCCAUGCCGAGUCUGGAGGACUUGGUCGACGAGGGCGAGACGGAGUCUUGA